AAAAUUAAGCACAACUAUUACAAUUUGUAGACAAAAUAGAUGCAAGCAGAUGAGAUAUCAUAAAUGACGGGUCGUGUGUCACAGUACCAACACAAUAUUAAAACAGUGCGAACGUGUUUACUUUAAAUAAUAACUUUAUUAUUAGUAAUAACUAUUAAUAAUCCAUUAUUAAUACAAUAACGCCAUAUAUAAUAAUAGUCAAUAAUAUCUAGAAAAUUUUCAAAUAACUACUUAGUGCAAUUAUUUAUUAUCAGUUUUUUUUUUGUUUUAGAAAGUGUAACUAUGUUAUCAUUAGUUGUGAGUAUAGCAAUAGUGACAUUGGUUUGUAAAGCUGAUAAGCCAAAUAUCGUGUUUAUUAUAGCUGAUGAUUUGGGAUGGGACGACGUCAGUUUUCACGGCUCGGAUCAAAUUUUAACACCAAACAUUGACUUGUUGGCGUAUUCUGGAGUGACACUCGGGAGGUACUACAGCCACGCGAUAUGUACUCCUUCACGAUCAGCACUCCUUACUGGAAAAUAUUCAUAUAAAAUCGGAAUGCAAGGUUACCCACCAUUAACAAUGAGUGAUGAUAGAGGGAUACCAACAGAUUUGAAAUUAUUGCCACAAUAUUUCAAGGACGUUGGCUAUUCAACUCAGUUGAUUGGCAAGUGGCACGUUGGGGCGUCCAGAGAAGAAUAUUUACCAACCAAUAGAGGUUUUGACAGCCACUUCGGUCAUCGAGGUGGUUAUUUGGAUUAUUAUGAAUACACUUAUGAAGAAUUGUGGUCGGUCGGUCAUGUUUCCGGUUUGACGUUAUUUAGAAAUUUAACACCUGCCUGGGACGUGGAAGGCUACAUCACCGACGUCUAUACAGAUCAUGCAGUAUCUGUUAUCAAGAAUCAUGACACAUCGUCUCCUCUCUUUCUGAUGGUCGCUCAUAAUGCACCUCAUUCAGGCAAUGAUGGUGCCCCUUUGCAGGCACCACCAGAAAUUAUUAGACAGAUGAGACAUGUAGAGUCACCUGAGAGGAGAAUAUUUGCAGCCAUGAUGAAGAAACUUGAUGACAGCGUCGGUAAUAUUGUCAAAGCUUUAAAUGAAAAAGGAAUUAUACACAAUACAAUAGUUACAUUCAUUUCUGAUAAUGGAGGCAUGUCGUAUGGGCAAUAUAAUAACUUUGCCUCUAAUCAUCCAUUCAGAGGAAUUAAAUUAACACCUUAUGAAGGUGGUGUAAGAGUGGCUGGGUUACUGUGGAGUACAAAUUUGAACAAUACGAAUCAUUAUUGGGAUGGAUACAUGCACGUUACGGAUUGGUUGCCCACUUUAUUAAGUGCUGCAGGUGUAGAACCUCCACCAAAUAUUGACGGGAUCGACCAUUGGAAGAACAUUAACUCUAAUUUGCCAUCAGAACGGGAAACAAUGUAUGAAAUCGAUGAUACCUCAGGAUAUGCUUCAGCUAUAUAUGGAGAUUAUAAAUUAGUGACGGGAGACGUCGACAAGGGUUAUGGUAUACAUCAAGGGAAUAAUCUCACAGGAAUUAUUGGUAAACCACCGUCUUACGUUGAUGCCAUUUUGGACAGUACAGUGUACAGUGUACUUGAUUCAAUUGGAUUAACCUUUGACAUAGCCAAUUUGAAUCGGAGGAAAAAUACAACAGUCAAGUGUGUUUUACCAUCGCCAAUUACGUUAUGUCAUCCAAGCAAAGAAACAUCAUGCCUUUUCAAUAUAAAAGAGGAUCCGUGUGAAACGACGGAUUUGUCAGCGACUUAUCCCGACUUAGUGUCGAGAAUGCAAGCUGAGUUGGAAAAGGAGGUCGCAAAAACAAUAUUUAGAAAAGGACCAGUUUUUAGAGACCCAUUAGCUGCUCCCAGUCGUUUCAAUUACACGUGGGACGUUUGGGUCAAGUGAAGUGGCUAAAUCUAUGUCAGAUACAUAAAAAUAAUCGUUUAGUAAAGCCGGUGUUUCUGAGUAAACUAGCGUAAGAUACAUUUUAUUAAGUAUUUUAAUGCACAAUCACUGGUUAAUUUAUUCUGAGUAACUUGUUUACCUUUUUGCAUACAUAUCUCUGAAAAACAAAAAUACAAAAAUGUUAACAUUAGAACUUAAGACGGGAUAUUUACCAUGUUUAUUUAUGUCUAUGAGUUUCCGAUAUUUUCCGUCUUAAGUUCUAAUGUUAGUGUUAGUGAACAUGUCAGUUUAAAAACUUAUAAUACAAAAAUGCUUUAGAAAAAGUUAGUUUUGAUUUUUUGCUGUUGGAAGAAAGCAUAGCAAUGUAAUGAAUAAUUCUCAUAGUUCAGCUUUGUAGUGAGUUCCAGGGUAGAGAUUGUUCAAAUAUUUACACUCGGAUAUCACUGGCGAGGUCUGGCUUGAAUCUUGUCCUUAUAUUUUUCCUUGUCUUUGAUUUUGUAAGAGUGUGUGCCUUUCAUGAACAUUGAGAUUUCGAUCUCAUCUUUUUCUUGAUUAUUGCCAUUAUAAUUAUGUAAUGAUUUAUACAUAAAUUAUUAGGAAAUGUACCUAAAUAUUUUUUGAGCAAAAUAGUUGGAAUAUUUAUCAGAUUGGUUUUAUUUUUUCAGUUAUGAGUUUUUUUAGCUCAUACAAUUUUAUAUUCCACUAUAAAACGCAAUUACAAGCAAUAUUUUAGUUUAAAAGAAUUUAAAAUAUUUGUUCAAUUGUUAUUAUUCGAAUAUUUAAAGACUGGGUUAUUCAUAUACUAUGAAUAUUGUUUUUUUAUAUAUAAAAAUGGCUACCAAUUUUUAUUGUUAAAGGUAUUACGGCC